GCCCGUUUCCUUGGCAACGCGGGGCCUACUUCCGCGCUUAGCCCAGCGCGGCUCGUCCUCUGUCUCGAUUGGGGAACUCCGCUGGCCACGCCCCCUUGCCCGCCCCAGGCCACGCCCCCAAGCGCCUGGCUAGGAGCGCGGAGGAGACGCCGAGCGGGUGCCCCUGAGCAUGUGCAGAGUGCAUCGCCACAAACAGCAAAGUAGGCUCUAGAUUUACGAUAUACAAUGAAGUAAAUGUAGUAAAUUAUAGUUUAAGGGAGGGGCAGAACCCCGGGGUUCUGGGCAUGUGCAGAGUUUAUCUCUUAUUAAAAAAACAUAAAUAAAACAAUAACAUUUACAUCCUGCCCAUCUGGCUCGGUUGCGCCAGGCACUCUGGGCAACUUCCAACACAUACCGUAUACUAACAACAUGGAAAACGAAUUAGGUAAAGCUUGACACCCUUCUCCGGGUUUCUGAGCAUGUGCAGAGUGCAUUUCUCCCUACACAGCAAGAUGGGAAUAUGCUGGCCCCCAUGGUUUCUGGGCAUGUGCAGAGUGCAUCCCUGGACAACCGGUCAGUUACAAUCUGCUCCCAGUUGGGUUUCUGGGCAUGUGCAGAGGUUUCAUUUCUCCUUAAACAAGAUGGUCGGUCGCACCUUCCCCCCUGGGUUUUCUGGCCACAUAUAGAGGGUGUUACUCCAGAGGCAGCAAGGUAGGCAUAUGUUGGCUCACCAGGGUUUCUGGGCAUGUGCAGAGCGUAGAUCUUGAUAGACUACAAGGUAGGCACAGGUUGGCUUAGCCUACCUGGCAGUGGCACAUGGCCUGAGGCUGAAAUGUGCUUUUGGGGUGCAGUUUUCAUUCUGCUGCCUGUUUCACGCUGCCUUGUGGCUGCAUCAUAGAUUUGUAGAACAGCAGCUUUAUUCUCAAUUUAUUUCCUAAUAAUCCCUAGCAUGGAAUGUGCCUCUUUCAUGUCUGCCACAUACUGGGUUUAACAUCUUCAUUUGAGCGAACUACUAUGAACCCAGUGUUACAUUCCUGGUCAGUUAUUGCCAGUUAAGACCCAAGGAGCAUAUAUGUAAAAUUAAAUUUUUUUUGGCUCCAACAUGCAUCCCUUUACAUUUGCAUUGCAACCCCUAACAAUUUAGUUUCAUCUGCAAACUUGGCCACAUCAGAGCUCAUUCUGUGACUGCGAAACUUGGCAAAAGCUGAUUUAUUGCACACUUAAUGCAAUUAAAUGCCAGCUAUUGCAAUUCCCCCUCUCCUUGGCUCUUUUAUUUUUGAGAAAUCAAAGGUGGAGGGGUGUGUGGGACAAAUACUUGGCUGAGAGACAAAUACUUGGCUGAAUGGUUAAUGCAUAACCUGACUCUUGUGUUAGGCAAUCCAGGAGAGUCUGAACUCUGCUUUUAAGGACACUGGAAGUUAAUCCUCUUGCCCAGCCAGUAUUUUCCCACAAGGUGUGGGAAGUUGAGAAAGUUGCCUCCUGAGGUUUACUCUGCAGGCAGGUAGACUGCAGCUGGAUGUGGAGCUUCUGUUGAGCGUGGAGGGGAUCUAAAACAAGAAUUUCCUCGGUUAUAAGCUGGUUUGAGCCAGUUAAAUGUUUUCAGGAAGCUCCUGUACCUGGGACAAGUACCUGCCUGCUGUUUAUCCCACAGUCAGAGAUAGACUUCCUCUGUAUAGGGAGGUUCCCUCUCUCUCUCAUGGCUAAUAGGUGCCAAUGAAAUGGAUGUGGAACCUGUGGCCAUCCUCAUUGUAGCUGGAUUCUGGACCCCCACCAUUGGUGAUGGCAAAGACAUGGCAUUGCGGGGACUGGACUAGAUGACGCUUAGGGUGCCCUCUGAUGACAAUUCCAUGAAUCUGGAGGACAUCAGUUUCCUCACCCCCUGAUAAACACCUCAAUACUCCUAUUAGAUUAUUAAACAUUCCUAUGAGUUGCUAGGGACGUGGGUAGCGCUGUGGUCUAAACCACAGAGCCUAGGGCUUGCUGAUCGGAAGGUCGCCAGUUCGAAUCCCCAUGACGCGCGAAGUAUUGGAAGACACAAGAUUUACCCACCCGGGAAGAAUGGCAGAUGAAGUUGAUGGACUAUAUGGAAUUGGCGGAAAUGACUGGCAGAAUCCGAGACCAGGGAGAAGAGUCGGUGGAAGAAGACUGGAAAAAGUUUAAAGACUAUUUACAGAAAUAUUGUAAAAUUAAUGAAUGUUAGAAAAAUGUUGGAAUGAAGUUAUAUGGCUUCAGCAGAAAUGUUAUAAGGAAUUAAGUAUAAAUAGAUUAAUAGAGAAUUAAAGGGAAAAAUAAGGUCAAAAUGUGUUAAGAUAAUUAUAGGAUAGAAAGCAGAGGAAGAUGGAAAGGAAUUGCUGAAACAACAAAUAGAAGUGGAAUACAAAAAGGGAGGUGUGAGGAGGUCAUGGAAAUAAGUAAAUGAAAGAUUGAAACUAUUUGAUGUGUUUUAAAUUGUUUUUGUUUCAUUUUCUUAGUUUAAACUGUUUUUGUUAGUUCAGUGUUAGGUAUUGUUUUUGUAUUGUAUUGUAUUGUUUAUUUUCUUUUUCUAUGUAAUGUCUAAAUUGUUGGAAAGUAAUAAAUAUUAUUAUUAAAAAAAAAACACGAAUCCCCGUGACGGAGUGAGCUCCCCUCGCUCAGUCCCUUCUCCUGCCAACCUAGCAGUUCAAAAGCACGUCAAAGUCAAGUACAGUCAUACGCUUUGGGUUGUGCACCACGUCAAACCCAGAAGUACCGGAACUGGUUACUUCCGGGUUUCGGCGCUUGCGCAUGCGCAGAAGCACUAAAUCGCACUUUGCGCAUGUGCAGAAGCGCCAAAUCGCGACCUGCGUGUGUGCACACGCAGCUCUGCGGGUUGUGAACGCUAUGGGUUGCGAACGUGCUUCCGGCACGGAUCACGUUCGCAACCCGAGUGUCUACUGUAGAUAAAUAGGUACUGCUGUGGUGGGAAGGUAAACGGCGUUUCCGUGCGCUGCUCUGGUUUGCCAGAAGCGGCUUAGUCCUGCUGGCCACAUGACCCGGAAGCUGUACGCCGGCUCCCUUGGCCAAUAAAGCGAGAUGAGCGCUGCAACCCCAGAGUCAUCUGCGACUGGACCUAAUGGUCAGUGGUCCCUUUACCUUUCCCUUUUUAUGAGUUGCUGGACUGUGUAUCUAUAACACAUUUAACAGGGAGAGAAGAAUAAUGAAUAGUGUCCUAUUUUAAUAGCUAAAUGUUGGGACAGAUCUUAUUCUUAAUAUGCCCUGUGGCACCCCAGGUCUUGGACCCUGUGCCUACUGGCCAGCUGCUGGUUACACAGGAGCAAGCUUAAUUAUGACUGUGAGCCUUACCUGGGAGUAAGUUCUAUUGGAUGCAAUAGGAGUUAUUUAUUAUCUUCACAAUGUCCCUAUGAGGUAUGUUGGGCUGAGAGGCAAUGACUGGCCCCGGGUCACACAAUGAGCUUCAUGCAUGGCCAAGUGGGGGGUUCAACCCUGGCCUCCUAGUGCUCUAACCACUAAACCACAUUACCCGUCAGAAGAGCCCAUAUAGCCUAUUAGUCCAGGAUCCUGUUCUCACAGCGGCCAGCCAAUGGGAAGCCCACAAGCAGGAUUCACAGAUUCACAGAACUGUAGAGUUGAAAGGGACCACGUGGGUCAUCCAGUCCAACCCCCUGCAAUGCAGGAAUCUUUUUGCCCAACGUGGGGCUCGAACCCACAACCCUGAGAUUAAGAGCCUCAUGCUCUACCAACUGAGCUAUCCCAGGUUCCAAGAGGAAUCCAAGCACAAAAGCUUCCAGCAAGCAGCAUUCAGAAGCGUUGCUGUCAUGAGGACUAGUAACCUGAGUAAACAUACACAGAAUUACUCACACAGUCGAUUGUGCUUGCUGGACUGCUAUAGGUGGCUAUAGCAGUGUAAUUUGAAAUGAAGGCCAAUGCCUUUAUUUUGCUAUUAAUCUGUACCCAGAGUCCUUAAAUUUAUUUAUUUAUUUUUGCCCUUUGCAUCCUAUUCCUCAUUUUAUUAUCACACUUCAAUAGUCUGCCCUCUUUUCAGAAGCAGCCCAAGGGGACAUGCAGACUUCUCUCCCUCCCUGUUUCCCCCUAACAACGACCUUGCAAGGUUGGGUUCUGGACACUCUUUUGGUAGGGAACAAGCCCUGUACAAAAACGUGGAAAAGGACCAAACCGAGAAACAACUUCUAAAAUUAUUUUAAAAAAUAAUUUCAUUUUUUAAAAAAAUGAAAUAAUGCAAUAAUACAAUAAAAUUUUAAAAUAAUUUUACAGUCAGGCUGUUUACGAAUUUUAGGACGCAAAAUAAAUCAGAUCUGCGUGGGAAAUAUUUUUCCUCCCUUUCCCUUUAAGAGGGAGGUGGCAGGCUUUGACUGGCAGCCCCAUUAGCCAGUAGCGUUGACUUCCUGUUGUCAGCUGAGCCAGUGGUGGGGGAAUUGAGGUGGGGGUUGGUGGGAGAGGAAUCAUUCCUGGACCAGGUGAGUGCCUUGCAAGCAAUACAUUUUGCGGGGGGGGGGGGGGGGGGAGGGGAGGGCAGGAAUGUGGGGGGGGGAGUUCUUAACAGUGGGGAAGGCAGAGAUUGCACCCAUGCAAUGGGGAGAGGGGAUGGUGGUGGUCCGGAGAAGGCAGUUGCCUGGACUUUGCAACCUGGGGGGGGGGGGUUGUUUGUAUGUUUGCAAUCCUUUCUGCAUUAGCUGCCUCCCUGUCUCUCUCUCUCUCCUCCCCCCCCAUAAAAUUUUAUCUUGUUUUGCAGGUCGUGCAUGUGGCGCCUUUCGAAUCCGGGACUCGAGGGCUCGAACUCCACGCAGCUCUUGGGAAGCCCAUAGCAGUAAGCCCAGGAUCCCGGAUUUGCCAUUUGCUCCUCUGCCUGGCUGCCAAGUUUUAGGCAGGGUGGGGGAGGGAUUGGAGGAAGCGCCUGGGGAUUAAGGCCUAAACCUUGGAGCUUGGCCAAGGGGAGUCUGGGCCCAUGUGGGGUGGGUGGCGUUUCAGAGGCUAGGCCACAUCACGUAACCCUGCUUUGAAAUCCAACACAAAUCUUCUCUCCAUUUCCCCAUGUUGCUGUGAUAAGCUUCCUAGUCCUCAAGAUCUCAUGCAUUGGGUGUGGGUGUGCGCCCUCGACUCACUUUUGUGGCCUAGAAAUACGCUUUAUUAUUAUUGUUUUCAUUAUUACUAAUUUCAUUUACCCCGGCCUCGCCAGCCCUUGCCUCCUCUGCGUGUGGGUUGAGGUUGCAGCAGUCUUUGCCUGCCUGCCUGCCUGCCUGCUUGGGUGUGUUGGGGUAGAACCUGGUUUUUUGAUCGGGCUGCUGGGUCUGAGCUUUGCUGUCCUUUCUUGCCUGCCUGUAUCAGAAUGCUUUAAUUUUAAUUAUAAUCCUGAAAUGGCAUGCUAAAAUGGAACUGUGGUUAUUAUUAUUAUUAUUAUUAGAUAGAUAGAUAAUUUAUUACGGUCAAAGACCAGCUCGCAUAACACAAUAAAAACAGCGUUCAUAAAGAGAAAAUAUACAAUCGGAGCAGAUUGCAGCAAUAGCUCAUGAGUUAAAAUUGAGAUAUAUACAUAUACCCGUACAGCUGAGAUUUGAGCUACCAUAAAAAUUGGCCCAAAGGGCGACUUCAGCAUUUCCCCAGUAAGCUAUUUUAAUCUAGAAGAUGAUCUGUGCCUACAAAUCUGGGUGCAGAAUCUGGCUACCAGGCAGGUUUUCCUCUUCUUCUUCUUCUUCUUCUUCUUCUUCUUCUUCUUCUUCUUCUUAUAUUUGCCCGAAUGGUCAGAUCAGAGCACAAAUAAUUACAACAACCCUGCGAAGUGUUGCAGCAGGUGGGGCCCAGGGAAGGAUGCCAGGGGUUUGGCUCAGAAAGAAACAGAGGGCGUCUUGGAUAAGGAUAUCUACUUAGGGAGUUCAGCAGAAGCGAGAUCCGAACCCGCCCUGGCUUCCUGCUUUUCCCCUUGCAUGCUCACAGAAUCAUAGAGUUGGAAGGGAUCGCUAGGGCCAUCUAGUCCAACUCCCUGCAAUGCAGAGAUCUUUUGCUCAAGAUGGGUCUCGAACCCACGACCCUAAGAUUAAGGGCCUUGUGCAUAAUAUUACUCUGAUGUUCUUCCGUACCAUCUCUUGAGCCGUGAGCAUCCCUUCUGCAAAAGGCAAAAUUGCAGGCAGACUUGCUCGAAGGUGGGAGGCUUUAUCUUCUUAAAAACCUUUUAGCUGCCUUAACACUGUGUCCCUGGAGCUCAGUACUGCCUGCACUGACUGGCAGUGGCCCUCCAGGGCUUCUGGCAGGGCACAUUCCCAGAUCUUCCUGGGCAUCCCAUUAGGGAUUGAACCAGCAGCCUUUUGCAUGUGACGCAGGCGUUUCGCAACCGAGCCCUUCCCUCGGGGAGUUCCACAGGUUAAUGACAUGUUGCGCAGGCGCUGGCUUCCUGUUGUUUGUGCUGCGAAUCUGCUGACUGUGAGUUGUUUGUUCCCUUCCCUGUCCUGGUGGCGCCUGAGAAAGGGGUCAGCCUGGGGUGCCCCGGGGUCUGUCUGCUGGGGAGAGGAUGGGUGCUUGUGAGUGUAGAAGGCAUGUAAAUUUCUGAAGGUUCAGGGAGACUUGGCCUCCAAAAUAGGCUCCCCUAGGAACAGAACCGACAAACAAAUUUAUUACUGUAUCAUCAUUACUUAGAUUUAGAAGACAUCUAGAUUUGUUUUAUUAUGUUUUUGCGUAUGUUGGAAGCCACCCAGAAUGCCCGGGGCAACCUAGUCAAAUCGGCGGGGUACAAAUAAUGAAAUUAUUCCUGUUAUUAUCAUUAUUAGGAAGGCAUGUGAAUUUCUGAAGGUUUGGGGAGUUUUGUCCAUGAAAAGCUUCUUCCAGCAACAAAGUCUAUGAAUAAGCAAAUUUACCUAUUAUUAUAUAUUGUUACUGUUAUGGGAAAGUGGGAUUGAUUGAUUUGUUUGUUAUUGAUUUAUUUGUUUAUUUCUCUGAGGAGCUCAAGGUAUUGUAUGUGGCCCUCCUGCUCCUCAUUUCAUCAACACAACAUCCCUACAAAGCAGGUUGGCUUGAGAGACAGUGACUGCACCCCCCCAAGGUCACCCAAGGUUCAUGGCUGAGUUGGGGGACUUGAACCCAGGCCCCAGCCGGGCACUCUAUCCGCUAUGUUUCUCGGUGUUAGUAUUAAUAGUAUUACUUUUCUGCAGGAAACAAUUAAUUUCCAAAUUCACACACACACACACACACACAGAGGAAAUAAUAGAAAAGUGAAUAUAGCGCUAUAUUAUAUAAUAUAUGUCUCCAGCUAAGGGAGCUAUUCAAGCCUAUUGGUCUAGGUUAGUCAUACCCAGCAACUUCAAUGGGUUUUCGCCGAUUGCUAUGAUUAACACUGAAUACAGCUCAUCAUCAUGGUUGUAAAAAAGGACAUUUCCAAUGUAGGUCAUAUUCUGAGCAGAUCCAUUAUUGAGAUCCAUGGGCAUUUCUAGCGCAGGUCCGUUAAUUUCCAAGGGGUCUACUCCUGAAAAACUCAGCUGGGAACGACCCAUUAUGUUUAUUCUUAAGGUAAUGUUUUCUGACCCUGCAGAGAGGCAAGUGCCAUAUUGGCUGUGAUUGAUCCCUGCAUUGCUGGGGGUUGGGAUACAUGACCCUUGGGGUCCCUUCCAGCCCUGCAGUUCUGUGAUGAAACCGCAGUAAAAAUUUGGCAGCUGUCUGCCUGCAAACCCUCAGCUUGGUUCCCAAACUGGCUUAGGGGACCUUCACCCCGGUGGGUUUCUCUCUUGUGGCCUAGCCUACCUCGCAGGGAUCGGCGCAAGAAUGAAAAUUCUGAUGAUUCUGAUGAUGUGUUAUGGGCAUGAGGAGGGGGAGUGCAGGGAUUAUUGGUUUUUCUUGUUUUUGUAACAUAAACGGCCUCGGUCCAGUAUACCUGAAGGAGCGUCUCCACCCCCAUCGUUCUACCUGGACACUGAGGUCCAGCUCUGAGGGCCUUCUGGCGGUUCCCUCCCUGCGAGAAGCCAAGCUACAGAGAACCAGGCAGAGGGCCUUCUCGGUGGUGGCACCCGCCCUGUGGAACGCCCUCCCACCAGAUGUCAAAGAGAAAAACAACUACCAGACUUUUAGAAGACAUCUGAAGGCAGCCCUGUUUAGGGAAGCUUUUACUGUUUAAUAGGUUAUUGUAUUUUAAUAUUCUGUUGGAAGCUGCCCAGCGUGGCUGGAGAAACCCAGCCAGAUGGGUGGGGUAUAAAUAAUAAAUUAUUAUUAUUAUUAUUAUUAUUAUUAUUAUUUAUUAUUUAUUUCGUGUUUUUAUGUUGUGAUUUUAUGUUGUGAGCCACCCUAAGACCCACGGGUAUAAGAUGGCAUGCAGAUUUAGUAAGGAAGGAAGUAAAUAAAUACAAAGAAAGUAAAUAAAUAAAAACAAAUAAAACAUUUGCAUACUGUCCUUCAAUCUGUAGAUCUCAGGGCGGUUCACUACAUAGAAAAAACUAGGGGGACUCUGGAUAGCUCAGUCGGCAGAGCACAAGACUGUUAAUCUCAGGGUUGUGGUUUUAAGCCCCACAUUGGGGAAAAUCUACCUGCAUCGCCCGGGGUUGGACUAGAUGACCCUUGGGUUCCCUUCCAAAUCUACAGAUUUUAUGAUUCUAUGAUUCUUCCUUCCUCCCUGCCCACCCAUCUCUUGAACUUUUGGGCAGACAGGGGUAGGAUUAAAAUCUUGAUGGUUUUUUUAAAAAAUGUUAUCAGCGUCUGCAAUCUCUCUGGUUCACAGAGCGGCUAAGACCCUGGAGAUGUCUUGACCUGUCCGUAGGGUCAUUUCCCCACCCCCAAACCUCGGGGGCUGGCGAUUUCUCCAAUACGCAUGCUUGGGGUUCUGUUAAGGACAAAGGGGAGAUUCGCACCCGUCUUCUCCUAACAGCUGGGAGGUGGUCUGGGGUGACAGAAUAAGGCUUUUGUCACACACCUUUUCUCCUUUAAAAAUAAAUAAAUGUCAAAAUAGGAGCUGAAUUGUAAGCUAGGAAGUCCCCAGUUAUCAUGGCUGCCUUCUGAUGUGGGCUAGAACCUGCUAGAGAGUGCAGGGUUCGAAUCGUUGCUGAGACAAGAAGUGUGAGCUUGGGGGCCGGUCUCCUCUUUCCGCCAGACCUACCUUGCAAGGUUGCUGUUGUUGGGGCUUAAAAUUAAGAAUUGGGAUAGCCAAGUAUGCCACAUUGAGCUCCUUGCACAGAGGAGGAGGGUGGCUGAGAUGGAAACAGAACCUUAUUAGGAAUGGGGUGUUUGGCCUGGAAAAAAGCAGACGGAGAGGGGAUAAGAUAAUAGAAAGGUCCCCCAAAGGUCAUCUAAUCCAACCCCCCUGCAACGCAGGGAAUGGUCAUCUUCCAAUAUCUCAAGGGCUGUCAAAUGGAAGAGGGAACAAGCUUGUUUUCUCCUGUUUCGGGAGGGCAGGACUCGAACCCAUGGCUUCAAGCCGCAAGAAAGGAGAUUCCGACUAAAUAUCGGAAAGAACUUUUCCAGGGGUAAGAGCUGUUUGACACAAAGAUGUGGUGGACUCUCCUUCCUUGGAGGUUUUCAAGCAGAGGUUGGGUGGCCAUCUGUCCUGGAUGCUUUAGCUGAGAUUCCUGCAUUGCAGGGGGUUGGACUGGAUGACCCUUGGGGAUCCCCUUCCAGCUCUUCAGUUUCUGUGAUUCUAUGAUCCUUGGAGGGAUACAGGGAGAAAGGUGGGCUGAGACCUGCGGGUAUAGGGUGGUGUACAAACUAAGUAAGUUAGUUUAAGUAAGUAAGUAAGUUUAUUUAGUAAGUAAGUAAAUAAAUAAAUAAGUUAAUGCCAUACCUGAAAAAAUAAGACCCAAGCGCCCCAGCCUUUCUUCAUAUUGGUGUAACUCCAUUCCCUUCCCUUGAUUCCCUCUCCCCUUUUUAUUUUAUUUUUUAGAAAUAAUUUUUAUAAAAUUUCUGUUUUGCAUUUUAGAAUAUUCACUUAACCAUCCUUAAAAUAUCAGUGACUUCCCUUCCUCUCUUUCCGUGGUUCAUUUUGCACAACAUAAAUUUUAUAUAAAUUUAUAUAAAUUACAGCCUGCACCAAAAAAAAUCACGCAGCCACUGUUGCGUGGGGCCACAAUGGCGCAAAAACAUGGUCACAAAGCACGGAUCCACAUGGAUCCUCAGGAUUUUUGCAUUGGAUCACCCCAAAUUCACCAUCAGAUCACAUGUCUGUGGCCACAGCAUGAACCACAAAAAUCAUACAUCCACUGUUUCAUUCAGAAUAUUUUUUUUCUUGUUUUCCUCCUCUAAAAACUAGGUGCGUCUUAUGGAGCGAAAAAUACGGUAAACCAUUCAGUAUUCCGUUAUUACAUCCGUCAGAAUUUACUUACACUGUUGAGUUUACCUUAAUGCCGCCCACGUUUUCAAAUAAACACAAUUUUCCUCCAUAUAUUCAAUAAACAUUCCCCAAUCUUCUUUAAACGUAUGUUCUUCUUCCCUCCCCUUUUUCGUUUUCCAGCUGCCCUGAUCCGCCGCCGCCGCCAUGGCUUCCGGGGGAGAAGGUCUGGACGACAUUUCUCCGGACUGGACAGGGGCCAGCCUGGUGGACUUGACCUCUCCUGAGCUGGCGAAAUCCAACACCUCCACGCUGGACAGCGGGGAGGAUUUCGAAGUCCUGGAUAACGACGAGGAGGAAGAGGAAGGGCGAGACGAGGACCUGAGCGGCCUCCCUCCGCUGGAGGACGUGCCCAGAAACGACGGCCGAGAGACGGCCGCCUCGCAGCCCCCUGCUCCGGAAGACGCGGAGGAGACCCCCGAGUGGGUGGAUGUGUUAGGUGAGGGCACCUUGCCUUUGGACGGCGCCUUCAGCAAAAGCUGUGGCAGGCAGAAGUUCCGCCGGUGCAGCUGGGAUUGGCUUCCCCUCAGGCCCACCUCUAUUUCUCCCUUCUGGAGAGAUUCUGUGAUUCUCCCACUUCUCCUUUCACUUCUGCUUUUUCCUCGUUGUCCCCUUCCCCCCAUGUCAAAAUUCAUUGCAAAGGAUGCAGGUGUCAGGAUGGUUCACAAGAUAAAUACAUAGGAAAAAUAAAAAUAGGAACAAUUCAAAAAUCUCCCUCUCUGCCUUUAUAUAUGUAUAUAGAUAUGACACAAUAUAUGACAGAUGUGUGAUAAAGGGUCUUCUUACUUACUUUUUCUCUGCUCUUUUUCCUCUCUUUUGUAAGGAUCGUGAGUAUUUUAUUUUUCUUUAUUACGCUUCUCUCUUAAUAUAUUGAUUUUUAUUAUAAAUGAGUUUGGAUUUUAGGGCUUCAUAUGUUAAAAAUCUUCCAUAAAGUUGUUGGAAAAAAUCAAGAAGAGCAAAACUUGCUUCUCUGAUUAAAAAAUUACAGAUUUCUGGUAUCUAUCUGUUUCACAUUCAGUUUUACAUCUGCAAAAAAUAUACACAGAAGGUCCCAUCUGUUGCCAUCUCCCCUCAUUCAUAAACCCAACGCCUUGUUGCUGACCCAGUGAGGAACACCAAAUAUCAUCCCAAUUAAUUAAAGUGGAUACAAACGUCUUUCUGCUCUCCUUCAUGUGUCUCUCGGUUCCUCCCCGCAGGGAGCGGUUUGCUGAAAAAGAAAGUCAUCGUCGCAGGUCAGGGACCGGAGACCCGGCCGGUUAAGAGCCAGGAUGUCACCGUCCGCCUUAAGACCAUGCUGCAGGACGGCACGGUGGUCGAGGAGAACCCCAGCCUCACCUUCACGCUGGGGGACUGUGAUGUCAUCCAGGUGAGUAAAACUCUCUUUUGGGUUGUGAAUGAGGAGAUUUCACCCCUCCCAUAUCCAAGAAUCUGCUGAUGUUCUCUGCUGAUUCUCCAGAGAGGAGGGGCGGUUUUCUGCUCUCUACUUAUUCCGCUCCAGCCUCACAUCAAAGAGAGAGAGAGAGACUGAGUGUUAGAGAGAGAUCGUGUGUAUAGAUAAGGUUGCUGCUAAGAGCAGCUGCAGACACUCAGUGCAGUUCAGCAUUUUCGUUUAGACCUCAUUUAGCUCUGUACGUAGUUGUGUAUUAUAGUUGUAGAUAGAAUAAAGAAGAUAUUCUACAGAGCUGCUCUCCGGGUCGUUUAUGCUCUGCUAGACUCUGCUAUACUCUGCUGUGCGACGACUAUCUUCUUGUGGAAGUGAAUCCGGUGCUCACAACUCUAAGCUGUGAGUCCACAGCACUUUGACCUGUUCCUGUGCAGAAGGUGGUCUCUGGAAGUGCUACCCAGCUCGCCUAGCCCAGUCGGGGCUGAGUGGAUGAGUCCAGUUGGUGACACUGGCUCAAGGGCGAUGCUGACAGUGAAUACCAGUUGUGAGGGAACUGUACCUGGUUGGUCUCAGCUUGAUCCAGUUUGGUUCCAGAGCAGGAGAAAACAAGCUUGCUUCCUCUUCCAUGGGACAGCCCUUGAGAUGUUGGAAGAUGGCUCUCGUAUCUCCUCUUCUCCAGGCUAAACAUACCCAGCUCCUUCAACUGUUCCUCAUCAGGCUCGGUUUCCAGACCCUUGGUCAUCUCACUCUCCCUCCUCUGCACAUAUUCAGGCAUCUCAAUGUCCUUAAAUUGUGGCUCUCAGAACUGGACACGGUGUUCCAGGUGGGGUCUGACCAAGGCAGAACAGACCCGGAUUGUGCCUUCCCUUGACGUUGAUCCUGGACUUCUGUGGAUGCAGCCUAGAAUAACAUUAGACUUUUUUUUGUGCUGCAUCACAUGGUUGACUCACGUUACGCUAGGGGUUUACUUAGGGCCCUCGUAUUUAUGGGACCGCCUCUCCUGGUCUGCCCCUCAGAGGACCUUAAGCUCCAUGAAUAAUCAUAGUUUAGAGGUCCCGGGCCCUAAGGAAGUCAGACUAUCCUCCACCAGGGCCAGGGCCUUCUCAGUGAUGGCUCCAACCUGGUGGAACGCUCUGUCCCAGGAGACCAGGGCCCUGCAGGAUUUACUGUAACUUCUUCUGCAGGGCCUGUAAGACAGAGCUAUUCCGCCUGGCUUUCAAUUUGAACUUAGCCUGAUCUUUCAUUCUCCUUCCUUCCCUCCCCAUCCCCUUUUUACAAAGAUUCCCCGCUCUGGGAUCCCACAGCUAAUUCUCCCCUGGUCUCCUCGCUGGCCCAAGUAGGACUAAUUUAGCCAGCUAGCCCUGGUUAUCAUCUAAUGUUUAUUGGAUGGAUUUCCCCCCUAAAUUAAUUUUUUAAUUCUGAAUUUAUUGUUAUUCACAUUUUAUACUGUAUUUUAUGCUGUUUUUUGUUGCAGCAAUUAAGUGUUUAAAAUUUGUUGUUAGCCGCCCUGAGCCCGGUUUUUUGAACUGGGAAGGGUGGGGUAUAAAUAAAAUUUUACUAUUAUUAUUUAUUAUUGAUCUUUUUCACUUGUACAACUUACUGACAAGCCAGGUGUGCCCCAUCCUGUGUUGGUGCAGCUAUAAGAUGUUCUCACAACUCUUAUUAUGACAGCUGAAUGGAGCCCCUACCUCCGGGUGACAGAUCCCGGGGAGCCGCAGGCAGAGAGGGCUAUCGCCCUCCGAUCCUGUCCUCAGGCUGCCUUAUAACAAUAAUAAUAAUAAUUUAUUAUUUGUACCCCGCCCAUCUGGCUGGGUUUCCCCAGCCACUCUGGGCGGCUUCCACAAAGACCAAAAAUACACUAAUGUGUCAUACAUUAAAAACUUCCCUGAACAGGGCUGCCUUCAGAUGUCUUCUGAAUGUCAGGUAGUUGUUUAUCUCUUUGACAUCUGCUGGGAGGGUGUUCCACAGGGCGGGCGCCACCACCGAGAAGGCCCUCUGCCUGGUUCCCUGUAGCUUUGCUUCUCGCAAUGAGGGAACCGCCAGAAGGCCCUCGGUGCUGGACCUCAGUGUCCGGGCAGAACGAUGGGGGUGGAGACGCUCCUUCAGGUAUACCGGGCCGAGGCCGUUUAGGGCUUUAAAGGUCAACACCAACACUUUGAAUUGUUCUAUCCUCUUGGCCACAGUGAGAACCAGAUGUUGGACUAGAUGAGCCCCGUUUUCCUGCUAGCUGAAAUGGCUGCGUUCUCCCUCUGAGUACCAGCUGCCAAGAAUCUUACUUCUGGCCUGGGAGGGCUCUCCUUCCGUCCCAACAGUUGCUGGAGUCAUUUUCUCCCUCUGCAGGCCCUGGACCUCUGCAUACAGCUAAUGGAGAUGGGAGAGACGGCCCUCAUCAUCUCAGACGCAAAGUACUGCUUCGGCCGGCAAGGGAGGUAGGUGAGGAGGAGGAGGAGGGGCGAGGGAUCCCUUCCCCCAGGGGGCUGACGGGAGAUUCAGUCCCCAAGAAAAGAGGACCCGCUGAAACCUAAAUAAAUCCUUUUGCUUGUCCAGAAUCUCCCACUCCUCCCCUUCCUAGGAUGACCCUGUAGGAUAAUAAUAAUAAUAAUUUAUUAUUUAUACCCCGCCCAUCUGGCUGGGUUUCCCCAAUCACUCUGGGCAGUUUCCAACAAAACACUAAAAUACAAUAACCCAUUAAACAUUAAAAGCGUCCCUAAACAGGGCUGCCUUCAGAUGUCUUCUAAAAGUUUGGUAGUUAUUUUUCUCUUUGAUAUCUGGUACAAGGGCGUUCUACAGGGCGGGCGCCACUACCAAGAAGGCCCUCUGCCUGGUUCCCUGUAACUUGGCUUCUCGCAGUGAGAGAACCGCCAGAAGGCCCUCGGUGCUGGACCUCAGUGUCCGGGCAGAACGAUGGGGGUGGAGACGCUCCUUCAGGUAUAUUGGACUGAGGCCAUUUAGGGCUUUAAAGGUCAACACCAGCACUUUGAAUUGUGUUUGGAAACGUACUGGGAGCCAAUGUAGGUCUUUCAAGACUGGUGUUAUGUGGUCCCGGUGGCCACUCCCAGUCACCAGUCUGGCUGCCGCAUUCUGGAUUAGUUGUAGUUUCUGGGUCACCUUCAAAGGUAGCCCCACGUAGAGCGCAUUGCAGUAGUCCUAGCGAGAGAUAACUAGAGCAUGCACCACUCUGGCAAGACAGACUGUGGGCAGGGAGGGUCUCAGCCUGCGUACCAGAUGGAGCUGAUAAACAGCUGCCAUCUGGUAAACAGAGUGUCCUGUGUAAACCAGAGAAGAAGAAUAAUUUUGUAGUCCUCCCAUCUGACUGGGUUUCCCCAGCCACUCCGGGUAGCUUCUAGCAUAUACAGAAACAUAAUAAAACACCAAACAUUUAAAACUUCCCAAUACCGGGCUGCCUUCAGAUGUCUUCUAAAAGUCAGAUAGCUCCUUGACAUCUGCAGGGAGGGCGUACCGCAGGGCGGGCACCACCACCAAGAAGGCCCUCUGCCCAAUUCCCUGUAACCUCACUUCUCACAGUUAGGGAACCACCAGAAGGCCCUCGUAGCUGGGCCUCAGUGUCUGGGCUGGACGAUGGGGGUGGAGACGCUCCUUCAGGAUCUUUGGGGUGCCUCACCUGCAGUCUUGCUGUCCUCUGUCAGAGUCAGGGUCCUGGGCUGGUGGGACUUUGGCUCUGAUCCUGUAGCCCAUGCUUUUUAUGAAUGAGGUGCUUUUUUCCGGCCUUUCCAACCAGGAGUCCAGACAUCCCUCCUGACUCAUCUCUGGAACUUGAAGUGGAGCUUCUAUCGGCCCAGGAUGCCCCCGACCUGGAACUCCUAAGUGGGAAGGAGAAGAUUGAGCUGGCGAACCGGAAGAGGGAGCGUGGCAACUUCCACUACCAGCGAGCAGACUACGUUCUGGCUAUCAACUCCUACGACAUUGCGCUGAAGAUUAUUGGCUCCAGUUCAAAAGGUGCCUGGUCCCCCAUGGCGGGAGGGGGUGGGGUGGGGCUGACAGGCACUCUUGCUAAAUAUAGGAGGGCUAGCAGCUUUGAGCCCCAGUUUUCAAAAGAGUUUAUUAACUUCUUGAGCUGCCUUGUACCCUGAAAGUUCAGUAUCAAAAGCAACAACAACUUGAUUAAAGAUAUCUCCCUAUACACAUAAAAACGCAAGGCUGUCGUCACGCAGCACUCAUGGCAGGAUUUGUAGUGAUUCAUCACAGUCCUGGACUUGCGUGGAGGCAGGGUGCACUCGGGGAGCAUCAUUCAGCCCAGACACAGAGAUCCAGCUCCGAGGGCCUGUGGAGCGCCCUCCCGUCAGAUGCCAUGGCAGUCGCACAUGCGCAGAAGCGCUAAAUCACGCUUUGCGCAUGCGCACAAGUGCUGAAUCGCAACCCACGCGUGCGCAGAAGCGCCGCUGCGGGUUGCGGACGUGCAUCCCACACAGAUCACGUUUGCAACCCAAGCGUCUACUGUACACGACUUUUAGAAGACCUCUGAAGGCAGCCCUGUAUCAGGAAGUUUUUAAUGUUUGAUGUUUGAUUGUGUUUUAAUUUGUUGGAAGACGCCUAAGUGACUGGACAAACCCAGUCAGAUGGGCUGCAUCAUCAUCAUCAUCAUCAUCAUAAUAAUAAUAAUAAUGAAUGGAGACAUAUCGAGAUGGUGCAAAGUGAGCAGGGGCAGCAGACCCUACACUGCAUAUUCCAUCUUCUUCUCUCUACAGCUGGGGCGGCGGAGGGGGAGAUUUAGGUUGCGGGGGGGGGGGUGUCUGCAUUCCCUUGCAAGACAGAAGCAGGGGAGUGUUGCUUAAUGGCAGAAUGUACUCCCCUGAGAGGUGGCGGUCUCCCCUUCCUUGGAGGUUUUUCCGCAGAGGGUGGAGGGCCACCUGCCAGGGAGUUGAGCUGCGUGACCCUCAAGGUCCCUUCCAGCUCUACAGAUUCUUUGGAGGUCCACAGGUCUCCCAUUCCUAGGAAGAGCCCUCGUUUUGCCAUUUCGAACCCGCACCCCUGCUCAAGCCGCAACCCCGCCACCUUUCUAGUAACCCCCCCUUUGCCCCCCUGCAGUGGACUUUACCCAGGAGGAGGAGGAGGCGUUAGUGGACGUCAAGAUGAAGUGCCUGAACAAUUUAGCCGCCUCUCAGCUCAAGUUGGACCACUACGAUGCGGCCCUGCGAUCCUGCAACCAAGUCCUGGAACAGCAGCCGGACAACAUCAAAGCCCUUUUUCGGAAGGGGAAGGUAGGGGUUGUCUUUCAGGGGGUGGGGAAGGGGAAGGGUAGAGGGUCCAGGUGGCUGCAAGGGGCCCCCUCCUUGUUUCACCCUCGCAACAGCCCUAGGUGUGGCCGAGAGGCAGGGAGGAGUCCAGGGGCACCCGGUGGACAUGCAUAGAUAUGGUUGGAUUUGAACCCAGGUCUCCGGAAUGCUGGCAGUGUGGUGCAGUGGUUAGAGUGCUUGGCUGAGACCUGGAAAGCCUAGGUUUCAAAUCCCUCACUUGGCAAUGGAAGCAUUGCAGCGUAUGGGACCUUUUUGGACUACAACUCCCAUCUUUCAUAGCUAGCAGGACCAGUGGUCAGGAAUGAUGGGAAUUGUAGUCCAAAAACAUCUUGCUUUUCUUAUGUCCUUGAAAAUGGCGGAUUAGGAAACAGAAGUUUGGAAACCUGCAAAACGAUCCACUGUAAACACGGGUUUCGGCUGUGUUCUCCUAGGUCCUGGCACAGCAAGGCGAAUACAGGGAAGCCAUCCCCAUCUUGAAAGCCGCCUUGAAGCUGGAGCCAUCAAAUAAGGUAAGGCCCAGAGCAUCGUAGGUCUGGAAGGGGCCAGAGGGUCAUCUAGCCCAACCCCUUGCAAUGCGGAAAUUGGUCAGAAUCUGACCUGCUGCAGGAUCUUGAACCAAGCGAUUGUCAACGGCUGGUAGCCAGAGGCGUAUGUCGCCGCUGCCCCCAGAUGUGGCUUUCUUCUGGCUUAGAUGGCUGAUAGAAUCCUGGUACCCUUUGAGGGCAUCCAGUCCAACCCAGCGCCUGAAGCUGGUUGCCCAGAUCCCUGCCCAGCAAGGGAGAGAGCCCACCAGCACGUUAGGCCAUUGCGAACACUCUGUUGCCCUGCAUUAAAUUAAGCCGAGAGCCAGGUAUGUUGGGGUUGAGGGCCACAGGUUCCCCCAGGAAGCAUGGCAAAGCCCAACCGGGGUGUAGGCUCAGGUGAGGGAACUCUGAGGUUGCUCCAGCAAAGGGCAGGUGGCAGCUGAGUCCUUGUAUAUAAUAGAUGCAAUGCAACAGGUGUAACCCAAGUUUUAGGACUCACCUCUCCUGCAAGAGUCUGAGUCCCGCAAUCUCCAGCAGAAUCCAGCAUUUGCGAUGCUCUAUUACGUUCUAUCAUGUUCUUAUAAUUUCUUGCAUGGUUUCCAGAGGUUUUUGGACUACAGUGCCCAUCAUCCCUGAGCACACUGGUCCUGGUAGCUAUGUAUGAUGGGACUUGUAGUCCAAAAAAAAUCAAAACAAAACUGGAGACCCAAAUAUAUCCAUGGCUAGUAAAACUUUCCUCUUCAACCAGGCCUUGGGCUGAUUAACAUCCUAUACCCUUUUAAAUGUUUGUGGGAGGGGAGUUAAUGGGUGUCCCCCCCGUUCUUACUUUUAUUAUGCAUUUUGUGUUUUUAUCUGGCAUUUUUAUGCUGUGAAUUGCCCUGACAUUUAUGAAUGAAAGGUGGUAUAGAAAUUUAAUAAAUAAAAAUCAAUGCUUCUCUUCAACACAAAAAAAGGUGCUGGAAUUGCAUACCUUUGUGUACCCCCAGAAAAAAACCAACAUUGUUAAUACAGUAAUAGUAAAUAUUUUCUGUUUUGGGCGGGUCACAUUACUUUUUUAAAUUAGUUUUCAAUGUUUUAUUGAUAUUCUUCAAAUUAUUAUUAUUUUUUUUGGUCUAUGUAUUUUAAUCAUUUUUUUUCCAAAAACACAUAAUUGAACCGCUCAACUUUUUUAAAAAAAAAAAUCAAGUGUGGUAUAGUUUUUCUAUAAGCCAAACAUUGGCCAAGGCAUCUGAAUGGAGCCUCCACAUUCCGCAGCAGUCUACCCCUUGAAACGGCAAACAAACCCAGAGAGGUUCGUCUAGGUUUGGCCUUUUGGUCUGAUUCAGGAAGGCUCCCUCUCCUGCUUCCUCAAAAAUACGUGUUCCUUCUUUCCCUGCGCCCCCCACCAGACCAUCCACACGGAGCUCUCAAAGCUGGCGAAGAAGCAUGCUGACCAGAAGUGCGUGGAGACGGAGAUGUACCGCAAGAUGCUGGGCAACCCCAGCGGACCCACCGCCAAGUGCAAAGACAAGUCAUCGCGGGUAGGUCACACGACCGCUGAGCUGGAUGGGUUCCCGUGGGUCAUCUAGUCCAACCCCCUGCAAGUGCAGGAAUCUGUGUGCACGUGCAGGCCGGCAUCCGUCUGUCUCGGGAGACAACGGAGCGGUGAACUUUUGGGGUGAGGUCAAGCCGCUGAACAGUUGAGGUCCAGCUCCAAGGGCCUUCUGGCGGUUCCCUCGCUGCAAGAAGCCAAGUUACAGGGAACCAGGCAGAGGGCCUUCUCAGUGGUGGCGCCCACUCUGUGGAACAACACCCUCCCACCAGAUGUCAAAGAGAACAACAACUACCAGACUUUUAGAUGACAGCUGAAGGCAGCCCUGUUUAGGGAAGCUUUUAAUGUUUAAUAGGUUAUUGUAUGUUAAUAUUCCGUGGGAAGCCGCCCAGAGUGGCUGGGGAAACCCAGUCAGAUGGGCAGGGUAUAAAUAGUAAAUUAUUAUUAUUAUUAUUAUUAUUAUUAUUAUUAUUAUGCUGCGGCCGCAGAGACCCAGGUGGGAGAGACGUGUUUUCUCGCAGGCAGGGCAGAGGAAGGCACCCAGCUUUGCAGCUGUAGAUGCAGCAGGGAGCUCCUUCUCUCUUCGCUCCUCCCAGCGGUCAUUCCUCCUCUGGUCAGGGAGAAAACUCUGUUGGCAAGACCUGUUCAACAGCGGAACAGUCUCCCUCUGGAACUUGCGAACUCUCCUUCCUUGGAGGUUUUUACACAGAGCUGGGGUGGCCGUCUGCCAGAGAUGCUUUAGCUGAGUGACACUCCAGCAAUGCAAGGGGUUGGAUCUGGUCUUCAUUUUAGAAUUGCUAACACCUUACCUUAGUGUUGUUGUGGUUUUUUUUUACCAUUUUAACAUAAUUCUUUGAUAUUUCUCAUUUUUAACAUUGCUUUUAACUUCAUGUUUAAUAGUAUGCUUUUCUUCUUCUCUGCUAGUCGUUGACUGAAAUAUUUAUAUAAGAAAUAGAAUAUAAUAAUAAUAAUAAUAAUGGCAGUAAUAACGAUUAGUAUUAAUACAAUAAUAGUACAGUGGACGUGCGGGUUGCGAACGUGAUCUGUGCGGGAGGCACGUUCGCAACCUGCAGCGUUCGCAACCCGCAGCGCCACGUCUGCGCAUGUGCAGGUUGCGAUUCAGCGCUUCUGCGCAUGUGCAAAGCACGAUUUAGUGCUUCUGCGCAUGCGCAAGCUCCGAAACCUGGAAGUAACCUGUUUGGCACGGUGCGCAACCCGAAAACGCGCAACCAAAGCGUCUGUAACCCAAGGUAUGACUGUAAUAAUAAUAGCAGUAAUAACGAUCAGUAUUAAUACGAUAAUUGUAAUGCAAUAACAAUAAUUGUAACGACAAUACAAUCUCUCUUUCCCAGUCCAUUCCCUGGAAGUGGCUCUUUGGCGCAACAGCCGUGGCGCUGGGGGGCGUGGCCUUGUCGGUUGUCAUCGCAGCCAGGAACUAGCGCCAUCUGCUGGCAGGGACGGCGAGGAGCCCAAGCGGAAAACCAGCCCCUCUUUCCUCCAUCCCUUCUCCCCACCACGGCACCCCCAUCCCACCCCCACUCCGGCUCUCCUCAACAGACGCAUACGCAGCUCUGGACUGUAGGGUGGCAGCUGGGGUGGGGGGCGGGGCUUAGCCCCUCCCCUCCCCAGAGGCUCCACCCACCCCCUUCUUAGUUGCGAGAUGCAACAGACCCCUUUGCAGUGGGGCCGGCAGGGGAACCGGAGAGAUCCGUGGGGCAGGGUGGUGGUGGUGGGGAGGUUCGGCGCCAUCUCUCUGACUGCAGAGACUGGAAUUCGCAGGAUCUCAAAGGGACCCAGACUUGUGGGUAUCUUUUUGCGGUGGGGGGACGGGACGGGACUUGGAUUUCACUGGAAGUUCUGAUCAAUCCUUUUUUGAGUGCCCCUUUCGGCGGUUCCUGGUUUCUGUCGGGAGGCGCGUGGCGGGCAGAGCUUGCGCAGCCAAGUGUGUGUGUGGGUCUUUUAGGGUCCUGUGCAGAAGUGGGGGAGCCGGUGGGUUUCUGCGGAGGAGGGGGGGUACGGAAACGGACCUCCACAGCGAGACGGGGUCUCUUCGCUUUGGUCCAGCCACGAGGAACCGUGGGGACUGUUUAGGGCUGUGCAGGGAACCGUGGGAGAUGUAGCUGUACUGAUUCCGACCCAUAAAGUGAGCACCAUGGAAAUUCAGCACACUUUGGGGGGGCAUGCGGUGGGUUGAGGGGGGAGAAGAGAGUGGAGAUGAGGACGGGUGGGUGUUUCCCCCCCAAAUCCCCCCCUCCGGAGGCCAAACGGAGGGGCAGAGGCCCCCUUUUGAAUCCCCCCUUCUGAAUUCCCCCCACGACUCCUUCGCCCCCAUCCCAGAGCCUUUCUGGCACCAGCCUUAUGGCGCCAUUCUUGGGUCCCCCCUCCCAGCACCCACUGGUCUGGCCUUCCCCAGGACACGUCCCGCCCUGGCCCAGGCUGGACACUCUCGUUUAUUAAUUAUUAUCAUUAUUUUGACCGCUGUCAGGUUUUAAACUGUGAAUACCACCACUGCCCCACAAAUUCUCUAAUAAAGAAAAUCUGUCAGCAGCGGA